AUGUAUCCUCUGCCUAGAAAACAUAGAUACACAAUAGAGCAAGCCUACAUGCCUACAAAACAGAGAUUAAACGUGAACUUCAUGAAUGAUCUUUACAGAAAUCGUGUUGUCAGAAUAAAGAUUCUAGAGUGUAAAGGUGUAGUUUAUGAUGUCAUAAGUUGUAGUCGGUGGGGUUCCGAGAUCAUGGUUAAUGAAACCCGUUGUAUGGGUGUGGUAUGCCUAAGAGGUGAUGUUAGAUGUGAUCUAGGUUAUGUCUCUCCAAAGGUGGUUGCUUGCAUGGCAGUUCACGGAUGCAACAAGGAGACUAAGGUAUAG